AUUUAUUUCCGCCCACACACUUUCGCGCCAACAUGUCUGCUGCGCGCCACUGGGAGCAGGACAAGGACAGUACGCUCUACAUUGGAAACCUCGACGAGCGAUGUACCGAUGCGCUGGUUUGGGAGCUGAUGCUCCAAGCUGGGCCUGUCAUAAACGUCCACCUACCGAAAGAUCGCGUCACGCAGUCGCAUCAAGGAUAUGGAUUUGUUGAGUUUGGAAGCGAGGAAGAUGCGGAUUAUGCGUGCAAGAUUAUGAACCAGAUCAGAGUGUAUGGAAAGCCAAUCAGAGUCAACAAAGCUUCAGCGGACAAGAGAGGGCCAAAUGGCGAGGGCGGAGGACUUGGAGGUGGCGCUGGUGUGGGAGCGGAGCUUUUUGUUGGUAAUUUGGACAACAUGGUGGACGAGAAAGUGCUAUACGACACCUUCAGCAGAUUCGGGCCUCUGGUCGCUGCACCAAAGGUCGCAAGAGACGAAGCGAAUCUUUCAAAAGGCUAUGGCUUCGUCAGCUAUGCAUCUUUUGAGGCAUCAGAUCAAGCGAUUGAACAUAUGCAUGGCCAGUACCUCAUGAACAAGGAGAUCACAGUGCAGUAUGCAUACAAGAAGGACGGCAAGGGCGAGAGACACGGUGAUGCGGCGGAGCGCGCACUUGCCGCACAGGCGAAGAAGCACGGCGUGGAAGUCGCAAUUCCUGCUCUACCCGCAGCUCUGGUCAUGCCCAGCGGGACACCUUCUGCACCACAGAGUAUGGCACCAGUCAACAUGACUGGAGCGAACGGAUAUCCUGUUGGCCCACCAAAUGGCAUGGGAGGCAGACCUACGCCUCAACCACCGCCAGCGUACGGAGGCUACCCAGCUUACCAGCCGCCUCCGACGCCCUCGAAUUUGCCACCUCCGUCUCCAUACGGAAUGCCAAAUGGCGGCAUGCCUCAACCACCUCCAUCAUUACCACAUCAGCCUCCGCAAGGCUUGCCUCCGCGAAACUACAAUCAGUCUCCGUUGCAAGCACCACCUUCAGCAGCGGGUCUGCCUGCUCGACCUCCGCCUAGCACCGCAGGAUACGGCGGGCCUCCAGCUGCGCCAGGUAUGCAUCAAGGCUUUCAAGGCGCUCCGCCGCCAGCCGGGCUGCCUCUUCCUCCAAUGGGUCUUCCGGGCCACCCAGGCCUUCCUCCGCCUCCAGCGGGCCUUCCUGGUCAAGGCUUCAGACAGCAGAGGUAGAAUCCUGCCAUGCCGCCGCAGCCGUCGAGGUGGGAAUAGAAUUACACUGAGGGACAGCCGAGGGGAAAGAAGGACAGCCUGGGACAUGUGGCACCUCCACCUGGUUUGACUGGUGCCGAAACAGUGACGCCGGAGCCAUCACGCAUGCUUGGCAGCCAGAAUGCUGGA